AUGGCCGGGGCUCAGCCCGGGGUGCACGCUCUGCAACUCAAGCCCGUGUGUGUGUCCGACAGCCUCAAGAAGGGCACCAAAUUCGUCAAGUGGGAUGAUGAUUCCACUAUUGUCACUCCAAUUAUUUUGAGGUCUGACCCUCAGGGAUUUUUCUUUUACUGGACAGAUCAAAACAAGGAGACGGAGCUGUUAGAUCUCAGCCUUGUCAAGGAUGCCAGAUGUGGGAAACACGCCAAAGCGCCCAAGGACCCCAAGUUACGGGAACUUUUGGAUGUGGGGAACAUCGGACGUCUGGAACAUCGUAUGAUAACGGUGGUGUAUGGGCCUGACUUAGUGAACAUCUCCUAUUUGAACCUCGUGGCUUUCCAAGAAGAAGUGGCCAAGGAAUGGACAAAUGAGGUUUUCAAUUUGGCAACAAACCUGCUGGCCCACAACAUGUCCAGGGACGCAUUUCUGGAAAAAGCCUAUACUAAACUUAAGCUGCAAGUCACUCCAGAAGGGCGCAUUCCUCUCAAAAACAUAUACCGCUUGUUUUCAGCAGACCGGAAACGAGUUGAAACUGCGUUAGAGGCUUGUAGUCUUCCAUCAUCAAGGAAUGAUUCAAUACCUCAAGAAGAUUUCACUCCAGAAAUGUACAGAGUAUUCCUGAACCAUCUUUGCCCUCGACCUGAAAUUGAUAACAUCUUUUCCGAAUUUGGUGCCAAAAGCAGACCAUACCUUACUGUUGACCAGAUGAUGGAUUUUAUCAACAUUAAGCAGCGAGAUCCCCGGCUAAAUGAAAUACUUUACCCACCUUUAAAGCAAGAGCAAGUCCAAGUAUUGAUUGAGAAAUAUGAACCCAACACUAGCCUCGCCACAAAAGGACAGAUAUCCGUGGACGGGUUUAUGCGCUACCUGAGUGGAGAAGAAAAUGGCGUCGUGUCACCUGAGAAACUGGAUUUGAAUGAAGAUAUGUCUCAGCCCCUUUCUCACUAUUUCAUCAAUUCCUCGCACAACACCUACCUCACAGCUGGCCAGCUGGCUGGAAACUCCUCCGUCGAGAUGUACCGUCAAGUGCUCCUGUCCGGUUGUCGCUGUGUGGAGUUGGACUGCUGGAAAGGACGGACUGCAGAGGAGGAACCAGUCAUCACCCAUGGGUUCACCAUGACAACAGAAAUAUCCUUCAAGGAAGUGAUAGAAGCAAUCGCUGAGUGUGCAUUUAAGACUUCACCUUUUCCAAUUCUCCUUUCAUUUGAGAAUCACGUGGACUCCCCGAAGCAGCAGGCCAAGAUGGCAGAGUAUUGCCGGCUGAUCUUUGGGGAAGCGCUUCUCAUGGAGCCCCUGGAAAAAUACCCACUGGAGUCUGGAGUUCCUCUUCCAAGCCCUAAUGAUUUAAUGUACAAAAUUUUGGUGAAAAAUAAGAAGAAGUCACACAAGUCGUCGGAAGGAAGCAGCAAAAAGAAACUCUCAGAACAAGCCUCCAACACGUGCAGCGACUCCUCCAGCGUGUUCGAGCCCUCGUCUCCCGGAGCUGGGGAAGCUGAUACGGAGAGUGACGAUGACGAUGAUGAUGAUGACUGUAAAAAGUCUUCAAUGGAUGAGGGGACUGCUGGGAGCGAGGCUAUGGCUACAGAAGAGAUGUCUAACCUGGUGAACUAUAUUCAGCCAGUCAAGUUUGAGUCAUUUGAAAUUUCAAAAAAAAGAAAUAGAAGUUUUGAAAUGUCUUCCUUCGUGGAAACCAAAGGACUGGAGCAGCUGACAAAGUCUCCGGUGGAAUUUGUAGAAUAUAACAAAAUGCAGCUUAGCAGGAUAUAUCCGAAAGGAACACGUGUAGAUUCAUCCAACUAUAUGCCUCAGCUCUUCUGGAAUGCAGGCUGUCAAAUGGUUGCCCUUAAUUUCCAAACAGUGGACCUGGCUAUGCAGAUAAAUAUGGGGAUGUAUGAAUACAAUGGGAAGAGUGGCUACAGAUUAAAGCCAGAGUUUAUGAGGAGACCUGACAAGCAUUUUGAUCCAUUCACCGAAGGCAUCGUAGAUGGGAUAGUGGCCAACACUUUGUCUGUUAAGAUCAUUUCGGGUCAGUUUCUUUCUGAUAAGAAAGUCGGGACUUAUGUGGAAGUGGAUAUGUUUGGUUUGCCUGUGGACACGAGGAGGAAAGCAUUUAAGACCAAGACAUCCCAAGGAAAUGCUGUAAAUCCCGUCUGGGAAGAAGAACCCAUUGUGUUCAAAAAGGUGGUUCUUCCUUCACUCGCCUGUCUGAGGAUAGCAGCUUAUGAAGAAGGAGGAAAAUUUAUUGGUCACCGGAUCUUGCCAGUACAAGCAAUUCGGCCAGGCUACCACUACAUCAGUCUGAGGAAUGAGAGGAACCAGCCUCUGGUGCUGCCAGCUGUCUUUGUCUACAUAGAGGUGAAAGACUACGUUCCAGACACCUAUGCAGAUGUGAUUGAAGCUUUGUCAAAUCCAAUUCGAUAUGUGAAUCUGAUGGAGCAGAGAGCUAAGCAACUGGCUGCUUUGACACUAGAAGAUGAAGAAGACUUAAAGAAAGAGGAUCCUGGGGAAACACCGUCAGAAGCUCCGAGUGAAGCCGGGACAACUCCAGCAGAAAAUGGAGUAAAUCACACUACAUCCCUGGUACCCAAACUUCCCUCCCAGGCCCUUCACAGCCAACCUGCUCCAGGUUCUUUAAAGGCACCUGCCAAAACAGAAGAUCUUAUUCACAGUGUUCUAACAGAAGUGGAAGCGCAGACUAUUGAAGAGCUAAAGCAACAGAAGUCGUUUGUCAAGCUUCAGAAGAAGCACUACAAAGAAAUGAAAGAGCUGGUUAAGAGACACCACAAGAAAACCACUGACCUUAUCAAGGAGCACACUACAAAAUACAAUGAGAUUCAGAAUGACUACUUAAGAAGGAGAGCGGCUUUGGAAAAGACAGCCAAAAAGGAUAGUAAGAAAAAAACGGAACCCAGCAGCCCUGACCAUGGCUCAUCAACCAUUGAGCAAGAUCUGGCUGCCCUGGAUGCCGAAAUGACCCAGAAGUUAAUUGACUUGAAGGACAAGCAACAGCAGCAACUGCUUAAUCUUCGACAAGAACAGUAUUACAGUGAAAAAUACCAGAAGCGAGAACAUAUUAAACUGCUUAUCCAAAAAUUGACGGAUGUUGCUGAAGAAUGUCAGAACAAUCAGUUAAAGAAGCUCAAAGAAAUCUGUGAGAAAGAGAAGAAGGAAUUAAAGAAGAAAAUGGAUAAAAAGAGACAGGAGAAGAUAACAGAAGCUAAAUCCAAAGACAAAAGCCAGAUGGAAGAGGAAAAGACAGAGAUGAUCCGGUUAUAUAUCCAGGAGGUGGUGCAGAACAUCAAGAGGUUAGAAGAGGCACAAAGUAAACGGCAAGAAAAACUAGUAGAGAAACAUAAGGAGAUACGUCAGCAGAUCCUGGACGAAAAGCCCAAGCUGCAGGUGGAGCUGGAGCAAGAGUACCAAGACAAGUUCAAAAGAUUGCCCCUGGAGAUUCUGGAGUUCGUACAGGACGCCAUGAAAGGGAAGAUCAGCGAGGACAGCAAUCACAGCUCUGCCCCUUCCUCCCUCGCCUCCGACGCUGGAAAACUAAACCACAGGCCUUCCUCCAGUGAGGAGCUGGAAGGAGAGCACCCGGGAAAAGAGUUUGAUACUCCUCUGUGA